UUCCUGGAAGUGUGCAGUCCUGAAGACAGGCCGGGCAGCCAGUGGCCUAGGGAUUUUGGAAUGAUCUCUAAUGAGUCAGGUGUUGGGGUCCCUGAGGAAAUUUUCCAGUGCAUCCUGGCUGUCUCAGCAUUUCUCAGCAGAACCCAUUGAGAAGAAGGAAGAGAACAACAUGAAGAAGAAGGAGCAGCUAAAGGAGCGCCUCAGUGCCUGGGACUGUCCUCAUGGCCCAGUUGGUUUACACAACAUUGGACAGACCUGCUGCCUUAACUCCCUGAUUCAGGUAUUAAUUAUGAAUGUGGGCUUCACCAAGAUAUUGAAGAGGAUAACAGUACCAAGGGGAACAGAAGAGCAGAGGAGAAGUGUCCCCUUCCAGUUGCUCUUGCUACUGGAGAGGAUGCAGGACAGCCGGCAGAAAGCAGUGCAACCUAUGGAGCUUGCCUACUGUCUCCAGAAGUACAAUGUUCCAAUGUUUGUCCAGCAUGAUGCUGCUCAACUCUACCUCACAGUCUGGAACCUAAUUAAGGACCAAAUCACAGAUGUGGACUUGGUAGAGAGGCUGCAGGCCCUGUAUACAAUCCAGGUGAAGGAGUCCUUGGUUUGCCUUGAAUGUACUGUGGAGAAGAGCAGAAACAGUAGCAUGUUGACCCUCCCCCUUCCUCUUUUUGAUAUGGACUCAAAACCCCUGAAAACACUGGAGGAUGCCCUUCGAUGUUUCUUCCAGCCCAGGGAGUUAUCAGGCAAAAGCAAAUGCUUCUGUGAAAAAUGUGGAAAGAAGACUUGUGGGAAACAGGUCUUGAAGCUGACCCAUUUGCCCCAGACCUUGACAGUCCACCUCUUGCGGUUCUCCAUCAGGAAUUCUCAGACAGAAAAGAUCUGCCACUCACUCGAUUUCCCCCAGAGCUUGGAUUUAAGUCAGGUCCUGAUUGAAGAAGAUCUCUGCAAUGCUGAGGAACAACUUGGAAGACAGUACGAGCUCUUUGCUGUGGUUGCCCAUGUGGGGGCAGCUGAUUUUGGUCAUUACUGUGCCUAUAUCCAGAAUUCUGUGGAUGGAAAAUGGUUCUGCUUCAACGAUUCCAGUGUUUCUUGGGUAUCCUGGGAAGACAUCCAGUGUACUUAUGGAAAUCAUAACUACCGCUGGAGAGAAACUGCUUAUCUUCUGGUUUACAUGAAGAUUGAGUCCUAAUGGAUGUUCCCUA